UUUUUUUUUAAUUAACUGUGAAAAAAAAUCUUCCCUUAAUUUUUUUUUUUCCUGUACAACAAAUAAAAUGACCAGAGAAGAACUUGACAUUCCUUAUUAUGAAAUACCACCCAGUUAUCAAGACUUUUUAAAAAAUCAUUUGAUUCCCAACAAACCCGCUAUUAUUGGUCCUUCAUUAACAGAACAUUGGAAAGCUAGAAAGGAAUGGGUCAUUCCAAUCAAUGACGAUAAUAAAGAUCCUUCAUCGAAUGAACUAUUACAGCCUCGUUUUAAACCUAAUUAUCAAUAUUUACGUGAGCAUUUUGGAACUACGAAAGGUCAGGUGGCCAAAUGCGAUGAACGUCAUUUUACUGAUCAACAGAGAACUCUCAAGACAUUUGCAGAAUUUGUAGACAUGUGGGAAGCCGAUGACGGGAAGCCUUCAUUGUAUUAUUUAAAAGAUCUUCAUUUGGCAAAGGCAUUUCCUAAUGACCAUUUCUAUGAAGUUCCUUAUUUGUUUGAAGAUGAUUGGCUCAAUGAAUAUUGGUUAAAAGAAAAUAAUAAUGAUGAUUAUCGAUUUGUCUAUUUAGGUGGUGAUUCAACAUUUACUCCUUUACAUGAAGAUGUUUAUAGAUCUUAUUCUUGGUCAAGUAAUGUUUGUGGUAUCAAGAAAUGGACUUUCUUUCCUCCAAAUCAAGAAGAACUCUAUAAAGAUAAAUAUGGUAAUCGAGUCUAUGAUGUUCGUCAAGUGGACUCGACUGAAUUUCCAAAUUUUGAGAAAGCACGUAAAAUUGUCAUUUAUCAAAAGGAUGGUGAAACUGUCUUUGUACCUUCAGGGUGGUAUCAUCAAGUAGAGAAUAUUGGUGCAGCCAUUUCGAUCAAUCAUAACUGGUCUAAUGCUACUAAUUUAAUGAUGACAUAUCAAUCCUUAAAAAAGGAUUAUGAUGAUUGUACAAGGGCUAUUGUGGAUCUUAAAGAAAUCUUGACGACAGAAUCUGAAUUUAUUGAAGAAUGUCAAAAAUUAUUAUUAGUUCAUAGUGGAUGGGAUUGGAAGAUAUUUUUAUCGAUUUUAUAUUGUGUCAUUCAGCAUAGAACAAACAUGGUAGAGAAGACAGCAAGACAUCAUCAACCCGCUCUAGACUGGCAAAUAGAACAAAUAGAAAAGGUCUUGGACCAAUGGAAAUUAGAUGAAGGAGAAGAGAAUUUAAUUGAAUUCUUUAAAAAUCAUGAUUUAUAUGAAAAAUAUGUAGAACUGAAAUCCAUGUUAAAAGAAUAAGACUUGUUAUUCAAGUGUGUUUGUUCUUCUUCUAUUCCCUUUUUCUACAUAUAAAGAUGCCUUUUAUUUUUUCUACUUGACUUGUUUAUUAUCAAGACAAG